AUGUAUGAGUGUGGAGUAUGUGUUCAGGCACACCGUGAGCUGUCAACAGGAAGCAUGUGGGUCUUUGGUUACGGAUCUUUGAUUUGGAAAGUUGACUUUCCAUUCGAGGAGAAACGAGUGGGUUUCGUCAAAGGCUUCAGUCGCAGAUUCUGGCAGGGAAGUACGGAUCAUCGCGGUGUCCCUGGAAAGCCUGGGCGAGUGGUGACAUUAAUAGAGGACCCUGAGGGCUGUGUCUGGGGCGUUGCUUAUAAAUUGCCGUCAGGAAGAGAAAAAGAAGUGAAGGAGUAUCUGGACUACCGAGAGAAAGGCGGCUAUGGGGUGAUCACCGUUACAUUUCAUCCCAAAGAUGAAGAACACCAACCGAUGCAGGACACAUUGCUCUACAUCGGCUCCUGUGACAACCCAAAUUACCUUGGCCCGGCACCUUUGGAGACAAUUGCUCAGCAGAUUGUGAAGUCUGUAGGCCCCAGUGGCAAGAAUAUAGAUUACCUGUUUGAGCUUGCCGAAGCCCUCAGGCAGCUAAUACCUGAAGAUUUAGACGAUCACCUGUUCUCUUUGGAGCACCUUGUGAAGGAGUUGCAGAAGCAGGAGAUGGAGUGAUCUUCUAUCAUCUGCUUUGUCCUUAAUCUUCUGAAACACUCAGGAAUUGAGUCCAUUUUUUGUUCCUCAUUUAUAGAUUAUGAUAUCCGAUGCAUACUCUACUGAAUCUGCACUUGAUUUUAAGAUGUGACAUUUAACAUAAUUUGUCUCGCUUUAAAACUUGAGAUAUGAAUCAAGAACUUAUAGGAAUAUCAGUAUAUUGCACAUAUUGUACGUUUUUACAUCCAUGAAAAAUGUAAAUGAAUGGAUAAUUUAUUUUUCAGAGGCUGGUUCAUUUUACUCAGGAUACUUGAAUAUGUUACCAAGCCAUUUCCUAUGUAUUUUUAAAAUUCCUUGCCAUCCUGAUCUUCAAAUCAGCCACACUAAAGUGAAUCUCAUGAACAUAAACAUGUUAAACAAAUUAAACCUGUUCUUCAAACCUUUUUCUGAUUGUUUAACAUUUAAUGACAACGGUUUAAUUUCCAACCAAAUUCACACUAACAUUGUACUUAAUAAAAUACUAUAUUGUACUUUAA